AUGGAAAAAGGGAGGCUCGGAUUUGCCGGUAAGGAAAAAUCUCUUCGAAAAGACGCCGCAUAUCGAUGGUCCGAUUUCGGCUGUUCAGACUCUCUGCCGCAGGAGAGAGCUGACGGGUCGUUGAAGUUAAAGGCAGAAGCCGAUGCUAUUGAUAAACACAAUAGGCCUUCCAGAGAUGAAAAAAAAUAUGAUGAAGAAGUCGACGGGGUAAGGCAGAUAGAGACUGGCUUUUACACGAGAAACAGACCUGCGGGCGGGGACGGUGAUGCUGGCGAUUGGUAUUGUGCCAUCGAAGCGGACAGAGAAAAAUUUGAUACUGUCGGCAAGAUAUGGAUUCCAGAAUAUUGGGAGAAGCCUGUCUGGGGUGAGAUUAGUCAGGAAAAGCACUCGUGGAGUGGAAACGAAGAAGUCGUCUUCGACAUAUCAAAGGAGCUGAAACGAUACUCGAGCGAAAUCGUUGAUUGGAAAUGUUGGGUUAUUACUGGAUCACCUGAAGAUCCACCUGAAAUCUGGGUGAUCAAAAACCAGAACCUUUAUAUGAUGGAAGGCCUCGACUAA